UUUAUGCGCUUUAUUGCUUGCACCGGUGCAAAUUUUCGGAGUAAAUAAAAUAGCGUUUUGUUAGAUAUUUAUUAUCUCCCCCUAUCUGACUGAACUCUGACAUCAGAAAUGUCUUCAGGAACUCAAGACUUUUAUUUGCGCUAUUACAUUGGCCACAAAGGAAAGUUUGGUCAUGAGUUUUUAGAAUUUGAAUUUCGUCCUGAUGGUAAAUUGAGAUAUGCUAACAAUUCAAAUUAUAAGAACGACACCAUGAUCCGUAAAGAAGCUUAUGUUCAUACAUCAGUUGUUCAAGAAUUAAAGCGUAUUAUUCAAGAUUCAGAAAUCAUGGCUGAGGAUGAUUCAAUGUGGCCACCAGCAGAUCGUGUUGGACGUCAAGAACUUGAAAUACUCAUCGGUGAUGAACACAUUUCUUUUACAACAUCAAAGAUCGGGUCUUUAUUGGAUGUGGAUCAAUCAAAAGAUUCUGAAGGUUUACGCCUCUUCUAUUAUCUUGUUCAAGACCUUAAAUGUUUGGUGUUCUCGCUGAUUGGACUUCACUUCAAAAUAAAACCCAUAUAAACAUAUUUUCAUUCGAAUUCUUUAAUAACUUUUUAUGUCAAGAUAUUCUUACAACAAAAUUAUGGAAAUCAAUUUAAUAAUAAUAAAUAUUUCAAGACCAUAGACAUUUAAAUAUUUGUAAUUCCAGUUUUCUCAAAAGACUCUAAUAAAACUUGAAGGUUUUGGUCAA